CCUUCCCCUCCUCUCCAAUCGUUCAACCAAGACUCGAAUCUGCCAUUUACCUUCUGGCUACAAGAUUCUGGCUCGGUUUAGCCCUACCAGGUUGUCAAUAUGUCGGGUGCCCAAUCUCUACAGCUUCUUUCGCUCCCAGCGGACAUUCUCAUCUUGCUGCCUGAUUAUCUUCAUGAUAUUGAAGAUUUCAUGAAUCUCACAUCAAGCUGCAGAGCUCUUCGGAACUACUUCUCUAGAACAGCACCGCGGACGAUACUUCGCCUCGCCGCCGUUGCGUCUCGAAUCUUCUUCCGACCGUCUCCUCAAUUUUUGAUUGCAGCCACCGCUCGUCAGCUGUCGUCAUGGGCAGCUCGGAGUCACAGCAAUACGAUGGAGUUGCGGAAAGCCUUCCAAGGCGGGAUUGACGGCUUGAUGGACCUUUGCCUAGACCAUUCCGGACUGACGAUGGAGCGAAUCCGAGAACUACAUACUCUACGUUUCUCCACCAUUAACCCGGUCACCGAUCUCAUCGACAAAUCUGUUGGUGUACAGUGGUCGCAGACGCCCAACUUCUGGAACGGUGGCGUCGAUGAUGCAUACACAAUCGUGUCCGACCCACCAGAGGCAUUCUUCCACUUGGCAAUUUACGGUGAGCUCUUCGGCCAUGCGUUCGAUUCUUACUUUGAGUCUGGCACCAUUCCCAUGGGUGCCGAUCUCGACACUCGUCUGGAGUACGUGAAGUAUUGUAUACCUGACUGGAGAUGCUUUGACUACCAUCCUAAACCAGGACCCAACAGUACGGUCAAUCCACGUUGUGUGGUCCAAGCUAUUGGUCCAUAUUUGCCAAAUUCUGGAGAACGCAUGAACGUGUAUCCUUGGACUAAAUACGAUCAUCAGCUGUCGCUUGAGCAUCUACUAGAGAGCACCCGCUGGGAUCGGCCCUGGGCCCAGAUUCGCGAAGCCGUUGGAGGCGACUUUGAAGAGCCUGACGAAGAAAGAGACAGCAGAUGGCGCCGCUGGACAGGUCCAGAGUGGAAGAGGCAUUUAUGGACUUCCGCCAUGGUCUACCAAGGGUUCGAUGGUCUGAAGCUCAUAGGAACGGACAAAGAUGGACUUGAAGCAUGGAAGCGCAGGUUUCAAGAUUGGAGGGCUAAAAUUGAUGCUAUGGAGCAAGCGCCCGACGAGAUCAAGGUGCGUCGAGGAUGGGUGUACGAGUACCCAUUCCUAGUCGGGGAGCUAGGAGUGCUUAACACCUACAUCGGCUGGCCCGAAUAAAUCGUGGGCGAAUGCUGCACACACUCAUAUGCUACUGUUCAGGGUUCCCCUAUGGUGUUUCCGAAAUCUGGUCACGACGUCAAGUUUCAGGGAGCGGAAAUAUAAAAUGCCUCUCUUUUACACAACUCCUAGCAACGGGCUGCUCCCGGCGGUGUGCCCGGCUUCCAAAAUGAUACUCAAGAAGGGGCCAGGGCUACCCGUUUGCUCAGACUUAUGGCCUACUACCGUACAAGCAGUUGUAUUAGAUGCAUCAUCUGUAUGAUGCCUUCUCAUAAAGCUCUGGGCCCUUCUUCUGACAAGGCUUUUUGUGUCUCAAUGCGUUUUCAGAUUGAUUUACUGAGUAUGUCUAAGUAAGUCCUUCGAUCAGUGAAGCACGCCGAUAAGUUGCUCGGCAAGUCGAUGGACUAUUCAAAGCGGCACAUUUAGAUCAAUUCAUAUUGUGAAGUCGUGCUGAGGCGCCCUUACCGGUAGCAAAAGAGAAUGCGUAUCCCGAC